AUGACUCAACCCAAAUCCAUCGCUUUUUUCGGAGCCACCGGCGGCUGCACGCUGAACUGUCUCAUUCCCGCCCUGCAGGCCGGCUAUCGUUGUUCUGCCCUGGUCCGAUCUCCCUCCAAACUCCACGACCUUCUCCACCAAAACAACGUCACCGUCCCCACCGCCAAUCUCGCCGUCAUUCACGGUUCGAUCGACGACGCCGAUGCCGUGCGACGGACGCUGAUCGUCAAGUCUUCGUCAUCAGAGUCUGCCAGCCACCCGGACAACAAUGAUGAUGAUGAGCGCCUGAACCUGAACCUGAAGGGAGACGGAUUACCGCAAGGAUAUGACCUCGUCGACUUCAUCGUCUCCGGCGUCGGCGGCACCCCGCGCUUCGAUAACCCGCUCCGCCCGACCCUCGAUAACCCGACUAUCUGUCAGGAUGCCGUGCGCGGUGUGUUAGACGCGUGUCGCGCCCUACAGUCAGGGUCCGGGUCCACCGCGAAGAAACCCUACCUCACCGUCGUCAGCACCACCGGCAUCGCGACGAAGCGGGAUAUCCCGAUCGCCAUGAUCCCGCUGUAUCACUGGGUGCUGAAGGUGCCGCACGAGGAUAAGCGCGUGAUGGAGGAGAAGAUUCGCGAGGAGAUGACCAAGCGCGAGCCCGUGCUGCGCGGCUAUACGAUCAUUAGACCGAGUUUGUUGACAUCGGGCGAGGCCGUCGGGACGGCGAAGAUUCGCUUUGGUGUUGAUGAGGACGCUGCGGUUGGGUAUACCAUCUCGAGGAGGGAUGUUGGGGGGUGGAUGUUCCAGAAGGUGGUGGAGGGGGGAGAGUUUGUGGGGAGGGUGGUUAGUUUGACGGCUUGA